AUACUGGUAUUACUGGCGCUUGCUGGCGCUGCGCGGAGCGUCGCUUGAAUAGUUGAAUGUAAUUUCAGUUGGAGUCGGACAGUUAAACCGUAUAGUCGCUGAUUGCUUUGUUGUGUGCGCGUGACACGUGUGAUUCCGUUCCAGCUUCUCGUCCUCGCUCGAAGCGGUAUCUUCACAUCACGGUAUUCGUAUUUUGUAUCAUAAGACCGAUCAAAAUGGGUUGUGGAAUGGGAGUGAUUAAGUAUCUGCUCUUCAUAUUUAAUUUCAUCUUUGUGCUAUGUGGUUUGGCCAUUCUGAUUGUCGGCGUUUUAGUGCAAUUAGGAAAGCAAAAUUAUUCCGAACAUCUGGAGGAUAUUACGAGUAAUCUUACGCUCCCGGCAAUUACGUUGAUUGUCAUUGGCAGUAUUAUCUUUAUCAUCGCUUUCUUAGGAUGCUGCGGUGCGAUUCGCGAGAGUCAUUGUAUGGUAGUCACGUUUGCAUGUUUGCUCCUGACAAUCCUGAUCAUACAAGUGGCAAUCUCAAUCUACGUAUUCGUCGUAGUGAAAAAUUCCGACGAGAUUGACUUUAAGAAAAUAUAUACGGAAAACCUCUUCAUGAAGUACCAUCCAAAUACGGAGGAAAAGGAAUUUGUAGAUACCAUACAGAAAUCGUUGCAAUGCUGUGGUAUUGACAGCUAUCAAGAUUUUCCCGACCAAAUUGGUAGAACUAUCCCAGGAAGUUGCUGCGAUAAGCCGGCAUCUGACAUCUGCGAACCAAUCAACUCUUAUCCGAAAGGUUGCGUAGAGGCAUUAGAAAAUCUCUUCAAAUCUGCUCUUACGGUACUGGGUGGCGUUGCUUUAGGUAUUGCUGCUGCAGAGCUGAUUGGUAUCAUCUUCGCAUUAUGUCUGGCGAAUUCCAUAAGGAACACCGAACGCAGAGGCUACAGUGUGUAAAAGUGCAACUUUGUGAAAGACGUCGUUUUGGAAGACUUUACACAACAAUCUUACCUUCAUUUUUACUACUAUCAACACACGUAUUCGCCUAUAAGAUAUGUGAUAAAACAUUUGCGCUUUACAGCAGGAUAAAGUACAGUUCUUUUUUCUUUUUCUAAGCAGAUUAAAACCAGAAUAUCUCUUUAUGUUUUCUUUUCCUGUUUCUUUAUAGUCGUAAUUAUAAUAAAACGGUAAUGUUUUUUCGAUUAAAUGACAUAUUUUGUUUUUUGAUUGUAAAAAUUAAUGCGUAGAAUUUGGCGCAUGAUAUCUGGCAACGAGUUUUACUGUAAUUAUUGUCGGGUCAUAGAUUAUAUUUUUUCCUUUGUAAAAAUUACUUUUUUAUACGGUUAUAUAUACAUACAUAUUUUGAUACGGUACAUUUUGACUUAUGUUUAUAUCUCUGUCCUAAAAAGGUUCAAAAAUAUAGAAAAAUCAAUAUAUAUUAAUAUAUAAUUCACUUUAUUUAAUAUGAAUAUGCAAGAUCGUUUCGUGCGAUAAUCCACGAACAAAGAUAUUGAAGUACCUUUGCGAGGAUAAAAAGUAGACAAGUUAUAGUAUUUUACAAAUAUUACGAAAAUAUUUUUUCAUAUAUUGAACACAAUCGUACCUGCGGAGGUGUUAUGCCGUCAUUAAAAACACAGAAUUCUCGUAUGUGUCUUUACAUAAAAAUCCACUUUGUUUGUACAACACACAGUACAGAUUCUAUCUAAAAAUAUAUGUACACACACAUAUAUGUAUACACACACGCGCGCGCACGCGCACACACACA